ACCUUCUGGUUCGGAUUCCGCCCGCGCUAUAAAUACUGCUAGCGGACCCUUUCUUUGACGAAGAACUCUCCAUCGUCGCCUCCGCGUUAUUCUUCGGUCAGUCGUCUCUUCGUCGCCGGUCGGGUUUUGAUCAUCGCUUCCGCUUUCCAGGAUAGUGAAGCUUGAGGAGAAAGAAACAAAAAUGGCGGCAGUGGUAUCAGGAGGAAGGUCGACACUAAACCCAGAUGCCCCUAUGUUCAUCCCAGCUGCUUACAGGCAAGUGGAGGACUUUUCCCCGGAAUGGUGGCAGCUGGUGAAUACCACAACAUGGUUCAAGGACUACUGGCUAAGCCAGCAUCAGGAACAGGAAGGCUACUACAACAAUGUUGCUGAGGAGGAUAGUGAUUUGGCCGGCUUGUUGCCCGAUACGUUUGAUCUCGAUGUUGUGGGGGAUGAUUUCGCUUCCUUCGAAGCCCAGUUCGACGAGUUCGUGGAGUCUUAUGAGGCCGAGAAGAUGUCGCCUCGAGCUCUACCCUCCUAUGGAAAUGGGUAUGGAAUUGGAGGUGGAGCCGGAGGGAUGGAAGCAGGGUUCAGGGCAGGCAUCACUGCCACAGUGGGGAGCCCGAAAUUCGGCUAUUAGAAGGUGAUGAUGAAGUGAAGUCUUUGUUUGUCUCCCCAAAACCACCAGUUUAAGCAGCAAUGUCAGUCAGUAGAAGAACGAGGAAGAUUUAGUUUGGUGUAGCUUUUUAAAAUUUGGUGUAUCGUGUAUAGAGUAAAGAGGCAUUGCAGCAGCAAGUCUCUUUGUUGUAUCAGUACUCUUCUGUCCCUUUCUGUUGUUGUCUUUGUUUUCCUUUGAUCAAAAGGAAAACCCAAACAAACCAAAAAAAGGUGUAAAAUAGGAAGGAAAAAAUGUAAAUUCCUUUAGCAAUGAGAAACUGAAAGUUUAUUACUUCAUUUCCAC